GCGCUGCCGUCCUUGCUGCUGCCGCUGUCUUGGCUGCUGGCGCCGCGUGCCGCCGGCCGACGCGGCGCUGCCGCGGACCCCGGGGCGGAGGCCAAUAGCCAGCCGCAGACGACCCGCGGCCGCCGCCCCUACACAGUCGAGGGACGGCUGUUCCUCGAUGCCGGGCGCGUCGGGCCAAGCGCGCGUUCGGCAGGCGUCGGUCUUGGGGGUCCGGCCGGGCCCGUGCACUCGCUCUCCGUCUACGACCUCGAACACUGCUCACCGAGCUCACCGCCGACCGUCUUUCCCGCAAAUGCCUCCGUUCGACAGCUUCAAGUGUCGCACUCUGAGCUGCGAGCGCUGCGCGACGACGCGCUGGGCGGGCUGCGCGCGUCGCUGGAGUCGCUGGCGCUGGUGGCGGGCAAGCUGCAGGCCGUGCCCAUGCGCGCACUCUCCGGCCUGGCCGCCCUGCGCGCGCUCGACCUCGAGGCCAACGAGAUCGCAGACCUGCCCUCCUACAGCUUCUACGGGCUGGCGCUCGCCAAGCUCAACAUGAAGGGCAACGUGCUGCACACCACGUCCGAGUACGCGUUCGCGGGGCUGGAGGCGUCGCUGGCCGAGCUCGACCUGGCGGAGAACAAGCUGCGCGCCUUCCCCAUGGCGGCGCUGCGCCGGCUGGAGCGGCUGCGCUCGCUGCGCCUCGCGUGGAACGAGAUCGCCUCCGUGCCCGACGACGGCUACUCGCGCGUCGCCGCGCUGCUCUUCCUCGACCUGAGCUCCAACAACUUCGAGCAGAUCCCCGCGGGCUGCUUCCGCCCCUUCCCCGCGCUGCGCACGCUCUCGCUCUACUACAACGCGGUGGAGCGCGUGGACGCGCAGGCGUUCGAGGCGCUGCCCGACCUCGAGUCCGUCGACCUGAGCCACAACAAGAUCGUCUUCCUGGACGCCGCCACCUUCCACAAGAACGUCAAGCUGCGCACGGUGGACAUGAGCCACAACCACGUGCACUACAUCAGCGGCGUGUUCGCCCGCCUGCCGCAGCUGCGGGAGCUCUUCCUGUCGGAGAACAACAUCCUGGAGAUCCCGGCGGACGCCUUCACCGACUCGUCGCUGCUCACCGUCAUCUACCUGCAGCAGAACGCCAUCCGGCGCGUGGACGGCGAGGCGCUGGCGUCGCUGCCCAACCUGGCGCAGCUGCACCUCAGCGCCAACUUCAUCCGCGCCGUGCCGCGCCAGCUGCUGGCGCGCAGCGAGAAGCUGGCGUCGCUCAGCCUGGACGACAACCGCAUCGCGGCGCUGGAGCCGGGCACCUUCGCCAGCGCCAGGGCGCUGCGCGAGCUGCGCCUGCAGGGUAAUCGACUACACUCCAUAUCAAGAGGGGUCUUCGACCCAUUACCAACACUUCUGGAGCUGCACCUACAGAAUAACGUCAUUGCCAGCAUCGAGGCCGGGUCAUUCCGCAGCCUGCAGAGCCUGCAACACGUUAACCUGCAAGGAAAUCUAUUGGCUACACUUGGGGACGUUUUCCUCCAUGAAUCGCCUUCACUAGUGUCAAUUCAGCUGGACUCGAACGGGCUGCAGUCGCUGCACAACGACUCGCUGCGCGGGCAGUCGAGCGUGCAGAUCAUGUGGCUGGGCCACAACCGCCUGACGCGCCUGGACCGCGCGCUCUUCUCCGACCUGCUGCUCAUCCAGCGCGUGUACCUCACCAACAACUCCAUCGCCGCCAUCGAGGACCGCGCCUUCGCGCCCAUGCAGGCGCUCAAGUUCCUCGACCUGAGCCUGAACCGGCUGGCGCACGUGGGCGCGCGCACCUUCGCCGAGCUGCACGAGCUGGAGGAGCUGCGCCUGGCGGGCAACGGGCUGCGCGGCAUCGAGCCCCGCGCGCUCGCCUCGCUGCGCAAGCUGCGCACGCUCGACCUCGCCGACAACCUGCUGCACGUGCUCCACGACGCCAUCUUCCAGGAGGCUCUCCCGAUCCGCGUGCUGAACCUUCGCAACUGCUCAGUAGCGCGAAUAGAGCCGGGGGCCUUCCGCGGCCUCAACAACCUCAACGAGCUCAACCUGGAGCGCAACCGGCUGACAGCGUCGGCGCUCCGGGCGCUGGAGAUUCCCGGGCUGCGCGUGCUGGUGGCGUCCGGCAACGACCUGAGCGGCGCUGCAGGCGUGGCAGGCGCGCUGGACGGGCUGCCGUCGCUGCAGGCGCUGGCGAUGGAGGACGCGGCGCUGGGGCGCCUGCCGCGGGCGCUGCUGGCGCGCUGCACGGCGCUGGCGCGACUCAACCUGGGCGGCAACCGCCUGCGCCAGCUGCCGCGCGACGCCUUCCACGGCCUCUCCAAGCUGCGCGAGCUGCGCCUGCACCGCAACGCCUUCCUCGAGCUGCCCAUAUCCAGCAACAUGCUGGUGUCGGUCGACUUCUCCAAGCUGCGCGGGUUGGUGCACCUGCGCGAGCUGGACCUGGCGCACAACGCGUUGGCAGCACUGUCAGGCUUCGCCGCCGCCAACCUGUCGCGCCUGCUGACGGUGGACCUGGCGCACAACGCGCUGCUGGCGCUGCCCGCCAACUUCUUCGCGCUGGCGCCCGCGCUGCGCCGCCUCGACCUGGCCGCCAACCGCCUGCGGCAGCUGCCCGCCGUGGCGCUGGCCGAGCAGAACCUGCCGGGGCUCGGGUGGCUCAACCUCACGGGAAACCCGCUCGCGCGAAUACACGACGCCGCGGCAGCUUCCUCCACGCGACGCUAUCCUAGCCUGCAGGAGCUUCACAUCAGCGGCACCAACCUGACGAUCGUGACGAGCAACGACUUCGAGGCGUUCCCCACGCUGCUGCACCUGUACCUGGACCAGAACCGCAUCGCGCGGGUGUCGCCCGGGGCGUUCCGCAGCCUGCCUGCGCUGCUCACGCUGCACCUGGGCGUCAACGAGCUCGAGCUGCUGCCGCAGGAGCGCCUGCAGGGCCUGGAGCGCCUGCGCCUGCUCAACCUCACUCACAAUAGGCUCAAGGAGCUGGAGGAAUUCCCGGCGGACCUGCGCGCGCUGCAGGUGCUGGACCUGUCGUUCAACCAGAUCACGCGCGUGGCCAAGAGCGCGUUCCGCCACCUGGCGGGCCUGCAGGAGCUGCACCUGUACGGCAACUGGAUCUCGUCGGUGGCGGGCGACGCCUUCCGCCCGCUCAAGAAGCUGCGCCUGCUCGACCUCAGCCGCAACUACCUCGAGAGCCUGCCGCUCAGCGCGCUGCGACCGCUCGAGACGCAGAUCCGCUCGCUGCGCACCGAAGAACCCGCUGCACUGCGGGUGCGACCAGCAGGAGCUGUGGCAGUGGCUGCGCGCCCACCAGAAGGUGGUGGGGCUGGUGCGGGGCGGCAACGGGCGGGGCGGUGGGCGGGGGCUGCGCUGCGAGCACCCUCAGAGCUACGCGGACUGCUCUUCCUGGAGCUGGAGCCCCCGCGCUUCUGCUCGGCCGCCGCUCGUGCUCAAGCUGGCCAUCCAGGACAUCCAGCCUUCUCCGUGCUUCUCUCCUGGCAGAGCAGGAACUCCUCUGGCCUGCACGCCUACCGCGUCGCCUACCACGUGCUCGACAGGAACGAUGCUGUGCGCGGGAAGCUGCUGGACCGGGGCUCCCGGUCGGUGAAGCUGCGCGGGCUGUCGCCCAACACGCGCUACCGCAUUUGCGUGGUGGGACUGGGCAGCUGGGGCGCGGACGACCCGCUGCCGGGCCUCCCGCCCGCGCUCAACGCCUCCACCCCCGCCCUCGCCCCGGGGCGGGCGUCCGCCCUGCUGGCCGACUCUCCCACCACGCGCUGCACUGAAGUGCGCACGCUGGAGGCGACCGACGCGCUCCUGGCGUCGCCCGGAGGAGGCGGCGGCGGUGGCAGCGUGCACGGCGGGGUGGGGCCGGACGGCGAGGACGAGCUGCUGGAGCGGGAGGCGGACGCGAGCGGCGCGGGCGGCGGGGGCGGCGGCUCGCUGCUUACGCGUCGCCUGGGGCUCAUCGUGGGCUCCUGCAUGGGCUUCGUCGUGUUCGUGGUGCUGGUGUCGGUGCUGGGCUACUUCAAGCUCACCAAGCAGCGGCAGCAGACGAAGCGGGAGCAGCCCAUAGCGCAGGAGUACAUAUCGUACAGGCACUUCUCCAUCCAGAGCGGAGACGCGGGCCUGGGCGCUGGGCCCGUCACUCUGGGCACAACCUCGCUCGACGCGUAGGAGCCGUCGCAGCCGCCGCCGCCGCCACCGUCGUCGCAGCAGCCCGCGUCGCGCGUCGGGUGGAGUGUGAAGGAGAUCGGGGACGACGCCGACCCGCGCGCCUUCCACUGAGGCGACCCGCCUCCUUGCACACGUCGCCCUUGCGCGCGACGCGGGCGGUUCCUGCGGGCGCCUUCGUCGGCCUCGCGCGACGCAGCUCGAGGCGACGCGUGGCCCACGGAGGGGCUCUCCAACCCCAUGGGUACUUUACCCAAGUUUUCGAUUACUGAUACAGCUUUUUUGGCUAGUCUUUUUGGGCUGUUCGUAAUCGCGACAGUUAUCGAUUUCUGAAUGAUCCAUUUUCAUCACUGUAGAAUGUUCAUAUUCGCGAUGUGUAUAGUAUCCGAAUGAACUUUAGAGUGUCUAUAAUAUACACCCAAUGGACGUUGGGAGGGUCCCUUCUGACACCGCUCCAUUAUGGUUCUAAUUGGCAACGGACGUUUGGUUUUCGUGUACGUAGUAGUUAUUAGUAGUAGUAAUUUUGCGACUCACUUUUGGAAUGGUCUCUCAAUUAUGUACAGUCGAAAUGUAAUGCCAUUACGGAUUUUUGUAACGUAAGGCUCCGUGUGUAAAUUAAAACGUUUGUGUUGCACAUAGCGCCUAAUGGAGAGGCGAGACUCUUCAUUCUAGACAUAUGAAACGUCCUAAUAGGAUCAUUCCAUCUUGCAAAGAAUGAAAGGCAGAAAUGGAACUUUCGCGACCAAUGUCGAUAAUGAAACGAUUGCAGCCUCGAAGAAUAUCACCUCAAACCACCACGCACUCACAAACCGCGCGUUAAGCAAGAAGAAGAACCCUGGUGGCCGUGGUGUGCCGGUGUUCUCGCUCGUUUUCAGAGUAGCCUACUGACGUUGCAACGAACACGCCCGGCGCGUGAGUGCAGAGCGCGUGUCUUCAGCAUGUUCGUUAAGUGUCACAUAGCUAUACCUUGCACCGCCCUCACCCCCGAAGGGCUCCGAGCCGACAAUCCGCCCGUCUGUUAGGCGGGCGCCCGGAAACGUAGAACCGGAAGCGUAGAACCAAGCUGAUUUUGGAGCACAUCUCCACCGGAGGCGCUGCCUCUCUUUCACGUUUUGUAUCACGUAGAGGAAAUUAAAAACAAACAUCCGCGUACGCGUCGGAAAAAAUCACUGUAUAAUAUUUCUGGAUGCUCAAACUGCCACGUAAGAAUUUUUUUGGAUCAAAUCUUUUGUAAAAAUAUAUGAGAUAAGAGGAUGAUAUUUGUUUUUUUGGAAAACUGGAGUGAACUUCGCGAGCUCAAAACUACUAAUGGAUUUUGGAAGAGUGUGAAUGUAUGAAGGGAGUUGUAAAGAAAGUGUGUAUCUGAGAGGUUAAUAAUAUAGUUUAGUAUUCCAUUAUUUAUAUUCAAGUAUCUCAAAUCAUGUUUUGAAAUUAACCAUGAGUAUGCCAUAAUUUUACUUAACAUGUGUAUGCCAUAUUAAUUUUUUAUCAACACUCGCCAGUUCGUACUUGAUUACUUAAUUGCAUUAUGUUAUUAUGGGUAUUGCGAGCAGAAAAUUCUUGAGUUAGAUUAGAAUAGGGGGUAGGUAAAGUUGCGUGACGUGAAUGUGUCGUAAGUGACUUAUAAAUAUGAGAGAAAUAAGCAUUUCUGUACAAUAUUCGUAAAUUGUAAGACAUUUUGAAGUAACAACUAGGGUAUUUAAGGGAAUUCUCUGGUGAAUUUCAAAUGCCACAUUUGGUAGAAAAGUUAUUUUUUCUUCUCCGUAAAGAUGUCACAAUUUUUUUCUGUAGAGUUAUGGUGUUUAACUUAACACUGUUUAUUAAAUCUUCAUUGUAAGAUUUUGGGCACGGCAAGUACACUCCAAUUUGUAAAAAUAUACUCUGAAUUAUAUUGAUAGAUCGAGAGUAAAAAUUGUUGUUAUAGAACAGUGAUUUAUAUAGAUAUUGUAAAUUUGAAUUAUCAGUCCCAGAAACAUGGGAUGUGAUAAUAGUUAACUAUAUUGAUGGAUUCCAAAAUAAAUGACAUGAUACGUAUGUACAGUGAACUAUUUCAAUUCUGUAUAGAUCCUUCCUUUUUCAAGGCUUCCUUUAUAUCUACUGAAACAAAAUACAUUAUAUGACAUGAUUUGAGUAAACCUGUAAAGUAAAAAACGGUGACGUCACUGACAUCUACAAGAAAAGUAAGAAAACAAAGCACACGUUACUAGCGAAACAACUUUAAUUUCACUAUUAUUAAACUCUUCCCAAUGUUACCUUAUAAUUAACUAUUAAAACAUUAUGUACAUGAAACUCGAAACAACUCUCUUAGAUGUAUGUUAUUUUUUGUAAAUACCUUAAUUUUGGAAACAAGUUAGAUAUUAUAGCGUUGUAGAUUCGAACAACUCCUGAAGAUGCAUGUAUUGCUUUAAAUCUUAUUUAAUUCAGUAAUUAUAAC